AUGACUUCGCCAAAAAUUCAAAAGGACAUUGUGAGUGCUUGUGCACAAGAAACCGUGAAAGCUAUAAUCAAUGAUUUAGAUGGAAAUUAUUUCGGGAUAUUAGUUGACGAGUCCAAGGAUAUUUCAUACCAUGAACAAAUGGCCCUUGCUUUGCGUCCAUCCAAAAUACGUGGACAAGGAUAUGAUGGAGCUAGUAAUAUGCAAGGAAAAAUGAAUGGUCUUAAAUCUUUAAUUUUGCAAGAAACUCCUUCGGCGCAUUGGUUUCAUUGUUUUGCUCAUCAAUUACAGUUGACGGUUGUAGCAGUUGCUAAAAAACAUAAGGAGGUGGAAACUUUCUUUGCUAUAGUUGCUAAUGUGUUGAAUGUGAUUGGAAUAUCCUUUAAACGUAGAGAUAAACUUCGGGACCAUCAAGCAGAAUUAUUGGAGCAGUUGCUAGAGAGUGGUGAAGUUCAAAGUGGGAAAGGAUUAAAUCAAGAACGAGGGCUUCAAAGGCCAGGUGACACUCGUUGGGGAUCACAUUGUAAAACAUUAGAUAACUUUGUUGUUUUGUUUGCAUCUAUUGUUCAUGUGCUUGGGGUGAUUGAAUAUGAAGGUUCUGAGGCUAAUGAUAGAUUGCAAGCAGAAGCCUUUUUGAGUAAAAUCAAUUCAUUUGAAUUUGUGUUCAUGNCACUCGUUGGGGAUCACAUUGUAAAACAUUAG